CAAAGUUUGUUUUGUGUUUAUGUCACGUCAGCUAAAAAACCUACUUUUGCGUUUAUUUCUUGAUAAAUUAUUGAUAAAAGUUAUAUUAUUUCUUUAAUUAUACAUAUUCAAUGGAGUUAAAAACCUUUGGAGAAGAUGAUUUUGAUCCCAAAAAAUGGAUAAACAGAGCAUGGAGUUCAAGCGGGAACCAGGAGAAAGAGGUGUUUGUAGCGAACACAGUGUCGAGACUACAACUCUACAUGAAGCAACUUACCAACUCACUGGACGAGACAACCACACAAAUAGUAAACUCAAUACCCCGCACCCUGCAAGAUGCUGCGGCGCUCCAGCUGGAGGGAGCCCUGCUGCAGCAGAAACUCCUGUCGCUCGAGGAGAAGGUGGAAGGCGUGGAGGAGCAGACGGGGCACUCUAUACUGAGUCUGCAGCGGAUCGACCAGCUGAAGAGUCGGUUAGAGAACGCAGCUUCGGCGCUCCGCGAGGCAGACAAAUGGGCAGCCCUGGCGACCGCUUUAGAAGAUGUGCUUGAAUCCGGUGUGCCCAAUAAACCAGAGGAGUUGGAGGCCCUGGCUGGACAGGUCACAGCCCUGACACACAGUCUUGAGGUGUUAACAGAGGCUUCAGACUAUGAAAGCAAGCGUUUGCAGUUGGAGGCGCUGUAUAACCGGCUCGAAGCUGCGCUGAGCGCGCCCUUCCUUACAGCACUCGACCAAGGAGACAAGGAACGCACGGCAUGCUACGUGUCUCUAUUCCGCGGCAUGAAUCGCGCGUCGUCCGCCGCGCGAUGUUGGCGACGUUCUGUCUGCGCGUCUCUGGCGACGCAGUGGCGCCGCUCGGCGGGACAGCCGUCGCCAAGAGUCGCUGCGCUCGCGGGGAAGGGGGAGGCACACACGCAUGUGGAGUGGCUGACCAAUGUGCUGAAAUCGGAGACUCCGUACGCUGAGCUGGUGCGGUUAUAUACGGACUUACUGCACUCAUUAGACCCCUCGCCUGCUAAGGUGGUGUCAGCGAGCCUCAAACUGUGCUCGGACCCCGAAGAGGGCAUACUCCUCCUGACCGAGCUGAGGCGAGAUAUCGACGAGUUCCUCGUCUCCAUUAGAGCUGUCAUCGACGGACCCGCUAAAAAUAAAGAAGUGGUACCAACAUCCACACUACAAGAGUUAGGCGUCGCCGCCUACGCUCCACUCAAAGCCCUGUUGCCUAAAUACACCGAUUUGCAGCGACAAGUGUUCUUAGCGUACCUAGAAGGCCCGCAAUUGAGACAGGACGACAUCUUAGAACAAUCACGUGCAAUAUUAACCGUAUCCGAGAGGUGUGAAGGCUGGCUCGACGCGGCGUACGGGAAAGCUAAGAAGAUCGCAGGCGACGCCGCGUGGCCACACUAUGCUCCCACUGUUGAGGCAUUCUUCACCGCCCUAUGCGGCCUAAUAUCAUCCCACAGCCGGCGCAUAGAACAGGAGUUCCACACGAGCAGGGGCGGAGUCCUGAGCGCCGCGUGCCCGGCCGCCGUCACCCUGGAGCGGGCCGCCGCUCAAGCCCUGGAGGCUGCCGGGAAACCACAAACAUAUGACUCAGGUAGAUACUUAGCGCAUGCUAUCAUACUACGCGGCCUAAUAUCGUCCCACAGCCGGCGCAUAGAGCAGGAGUUCCACACGAGCAGGGGCGGAGUCCUGAGCGCCGCGUGCCCGGCCGCCGUCACCCUGGAGCGGGCCGCCGCUCAAGCCCUGGAGGCUGCCGGGAAACCACAAACAUAUGACUCAGGUAGAUACUUAGCGCAUGCUAUCAUACUACGCGGCCUAAUAUCGUCCCACAGCCGGCGCAUAGAGCAGGAGUUCCACACGAGCAGGGGCGGAGUCCUGAGCGCCGCGUGCCCGGCCGCCGUCACCCUGGAGCGGGCCGCCGCUCAAGCCCUGGAGGCUGCCGGGAAACCACAAACAUAUGACUCAGGUAGAUACUUAGCGCAUGCUAUCAUACUACGCGGCCUAAUAUCGUCCCACAGCCGGCGCAUAGAGCAGGAGUUCCACACGAGCAGGGGCGGAGUCCUGAGCGCCGCGUGCCCGGCCGCCGUCACCCUGGAGCGGGCCGCCGCUCAAGCCCUGGAGGCUGCCGGGAAACCACAAACAUAUGACUCAGGUAGAUACUUAGCGCAUGCUAUCAUACUACGCGGCCUAAUAUCGUCCCACAGCCGGCGCAUAGAGCAGGAGUUCCACACGAGCAGGGGCGGAGUCCUGAGCGCCGCGUGCCCGGCCGCCGUCACCCUAGAGCAGGCCGCCGCUCAAGCCCUGGAGGCUGCCGGGAAACCACAAACAUAUGACUCAGGUAGAUACUUAGCGCAUGCUAUCAUACUACGCGGCCUAAUAUCGUCCCACAGCCGGCGCAUAGAGCAGGAGUUCCACACGAGCAGGGGCGGAGUCCUGAGCGCCGCGUGCCCGGCCGCCGUCACCCUGGAGCGGGCCGCCGCUCAAGCCCUGGAGGCUGCCGGGAAACCACAAACAUAUGACUCAGGUAGAUACUUAGCGCAUGCUAUCAUACUACGCGGCCUAAUAUCGUCCCACAGCCGGCGCAUAGAACAGGAGUUCCACACGAGCAGGGGCGGAGUCCUGAGCGCCGCGUGCCCGGCCGCCGUCACCCUAGAGCAGGCCGCCGCUCAAGCCCUGGAGGCUGCCGGGAAACCACAAACAUAUGACUCAGGUAGAUACUUAGCGCAUGCUAUCAUACUACGCGGCCUAAUAUCGUCCCACAGCCGGCGCAUAGAGCAGGAGUUCCACACGAGCAGGGGCGGAGUCCUGAGCGCCGCGUGCCCGGCCGCCGUCACCCUGGAGCGAGCCGCCGCUCAAGCCCUGGAGGCUGCCGGGAAACCACAAACAUAUGACUCAGAGCAACCGACACACGCGCUGACCGACCUACCGGCCUUGCUCCUGGACGCCGACGUCCGCUGUAACCUGGCCGCGAGGAGGGCGGAGCCCCCGGGCGCCUUGUCCGCGCUGCGGCGCGCCGCCGCGCGGCUGCGCGCGCUGGCCCGCGACAUCGUGCGCGGCCCCGUCGACGCGCAACUCGAUAAAAUCCCAUCUCUGAACGUAUGGAGCGACAACGACGCCCUGUCCACAGACUUGCCAGAUUUCUCGCUGUCACCACAGGAGUAUAUCACUGAGAUCGGUCAAUAUCUGAUGACGCUGCCGCAGCACCUGGAGAUGCAUUUGUCAGAGAAGCAGGCGCCAUGGCAGUUUCUAUCUGAGAUUUGCACGCACACAUGCGAGGUGUACGCGGAGAAGAUCCUAAAUAUCAGAAACAUGGACGCACUAGGGACCAAGCGGUGUCUCACAGACAUAGUGUACCUAUCCAGCGUUGUGGAAGACCUCGGUACCGCGGUGACGCCAUCUUUGAAGAACCUAGAGCGAUCACUACGCGCUGCCACGCCGCAACACGAAUAAACCUCACAGCGCCCAGUGUCCAAUAUAAUGUACACAGUGGCGGAUUUGCAGUCUUCGCCGCCCUAGGCCUCAGGCCCUGUAGCCGCCCCUUUCUCAGCACCCUUCAUAUUAUUAGAAGUAUUAGAACAAAUUAAAUUAUUUUAAGGAAAUAUUUUAAUUUGUUUUUAUCAAGUAGAAACACUACUAUAUAAAUUAUAAACUGAAAUAAAUGUCAUAUACUAAGAAAAAGUGACUAAUGCCUCCAGUACCCCAGGCUGGAAUCGAACUA